CUUGAAAUUCAAGGGAAGGAAGGGCUCAAAGGAGAGGAAGAGAGCUCCAGAGUGGAAAGCUUUACUGAGAUCAAGCAUGAUAAGGACUAAGCCUUGGACACUGGAUUCAGCAACAGGGAGGUCACUGACCAGUCAGGGGAGUGGUGGGUGUGGAAGGUGGACGAGGGUGGGAAGAGAACUGGCUGGUGGCAGAAAGGAAAUUGAGGUAAACAUCUCUUCAAGAAAUUGGACUCUGAAAAGGUGAAAUGGAGCGAUGGGUGGGGUCGCUGGAAAGAGACGUGGGGUCCACAGAGGGGUCAUUUUAGUGUGGAGUUAUUACAGUCAACUUUAUAUUAAAAUACAGCUAAAGAGGGGGGGCAUGUCCUAAGUGUCCUAAGUGUCCAUGUUUUACAAGGGAACACACCCACAUAGGAUCAGGACAUAGAACCCAGAUUAGAAAAUAGAGAACACUGCCAGCACCCUGGAAGCCCCCUUGUGUCCCCUUCUGGCUACGACUCCCAAAGGGUAACUAGUAUUCGGACUAAUGUUACCAUAGAUGAGUUCUGUCUGUUUUUGAACUUCAUAUCAAGGGAACCCUACACACGUCCUCUGUUGCGGUCUUGCUUCUUUAUGUAGGAUUCACCCACAGUGUUAUGUGCGGUUAUACGUUGUCUAUUCUUUUUGCCGUAUGGGGUUCCAUUAUCUGUGGAUGGGAAUCUGGGUAGUUGCCAGGGUUGUUUUCAUUUUUCAUGUGGGAGUGACUCGAGCUUAUUGGAGGCUUGUGGAGAAAGUCCGAAAUACUCGUCUAUGAGAAGGAAGAAAGAUGAGUAGGGCUACACAUGAGAAUUUUCCAGGUGGGAGACGAGAGCCUGGCCGAGGUUGAGAGAAUGGCUCUGUGGUUCCAGCCCAGCCGCUGUGUGAGGCCCCCUACCAGCUAGCUCCCGCCCCAUGUGGGGGCGCAGAGAAGGCAGGGAGGUGGGUCGCCCACCGUUGGCUUCUGUCAGGUAGGAGAGAAGCACAGAGUGCUGGUAUAUUAGCAGGCGAGCGAUGGAGUGGGGGCUGUGGCUCUAGGCUGGGGAGAAGGGUGUGCAGGGAAGAGAAGGUAGGAGGGAGCUGGCAGAGAGAAGGGAAGCAGAGGCCAAUGGUGAGGUCUGUGCAGGAUGGUGUCUCUGCAAUUCUGGGCUGUAUCUCCGGUGACACACGCUUGGCAAAGAGUUGUCACUCAGUGAAUAGUUGAAGAAAUGAGCAGAGGGCUCAAGAGGUCUUAGGCAGAAGACGGGGAAGGUGGAGGUGAUGGAGAGAAACUCAAGGAUCGAGUCACUGUGGCUGCGAUUUAGGAAAGAGGCAUUCCAGAGCCAGGCGUGUUCCCAUGGAAGGUGGCUGAAGGGAGCAGAAGGGCCAGUGUUGGGCAGGCAAUCCACAGGAAUACGCAGUUGCUAGUAUAGGGCGCACAGCACCUGGUCUUCAAGGAGAGAGAGGAGGAUAGCACUUCUCAAACUGGAGUCCUUGGGCACCUUGCAUCUGAGUCUAUAGGGGAGUGGUGGGCUUGUUGGAAAUGCAGAGCCCUGGGCCCACCCCAGCCUCUCAGGGAGAAAGUAAGCAGAACGGAGCAUCAAGAAGUAGGAGUAUUUACAGGAUGGGGGAACAUCCAGCCCUUCCAAUGCCCACUAGUCCCUGGGCAUGGUAGCCUCUAUUUAGGCUGAAGGUGGAUGAAGAAAACUCAAGGAAAAGAUACUGGGGGCGGGAAAGGGCCAACACCAGGGAAAUUCAUCUAUGUGAACUGGUGGCUGGAAGGAGGGGGCUUCAUUCUAGAAUGCAUCUUCUAUUUGAGAGGAGGCCCUGGCUGGGAAGUGGGACCUGAUCCUCUUCCCUAGGGCCUGGGGGUGCCGGGGAGUGUCCCUAGAUUGAGCACCCCCUCGGUGGAUGGGGGCUGUGUCACUCUGUACCCACUUCCAUCUCUGCUUCCUUCUUGGGGCAGCAACACUUGGCUCGGUCCAGGCCCAUACUUUUAACCCCUCACUUUUAGCCCCUCUCUCUUCUCCGCCUCCCAGACCUCUCAUGCUCAGUCCCUGACUCUGCCCUCCAUUGGCAUAGACCCUCCACUCCACACCCACAGUCCUUCCUCCACUAGCUCAGCACGGCUUUCCAGUCUUUACACACUCAGAACCCCAACUCGCAGCCCUCUCUGUGCUUAGUCCUCUCUCAGGACGCCUCUGCAGCCGCUGUGGGAGCCCCUUAGUCUCACUACAUCCAGUCCAGCUCAGGGUCUUCAUCCCGUUUAUCCCCCUUGUUCGCCACCUCGCGCAACUCCCUUUAUCCGAACUCCUACCCCCCCCCGCCCCCGCCGAGAGGACCCACUUCAUCUCCUCCCCCAAGGGAACCCCCAGGCACCCCUCCCAGAGUCCCGCCAGUCGCAGGGCCCAGGGCCCCCCCUGGUCCAGCCGGUCCCGCCCCAUCCCGGCGGGCUGAGUCAGGCGGCAGGAACUGGGCGGGGGGCGGCGCCGGGAGGAGCUGAAGCCCGAGCCGGAGUCGCUGGGAGCGAGCGCGGAGCCCAGUUCGGCCAGCACCUAGUGGCCGGGGGCCUGUGGGGACACAGGGGUGGGAGGGCAAGCGCAGGGGGUGGGGAGCGGUCCUGGACCUACCAUGAGUGCCAAGAAGAGAGGGAGCCCCGCGCGGACUCAUUCCAUGAUGUCCCUGUCGGUGCGGCCGCAGCGCCGCCUGCUCAGCGCCCGGGUCAAUAGGAGCCAGUCCUUCGCAGGCGUCCUCGGCAGCCACGAGCGGGGGCCCAGGAGCUUCCCGGCCUUCAGUCCCCCCGGGCCUCCACGGAAGCCCCCAGCGCUCUCCCGAGUAUCCAGGAUGUUUGCCGUGGCGCACCCUGCCCCUAAGGUCCCGCAGCCUGAGCGGCUGGACCUGGUGUACACUGCGCUCAAGCGGGGCCUGACGGCCUAUUUGGAAGUGCACCAGCAGGAGCAGGAGAAACUCCAGGGACAGAUUAGGGAGUCCAAGAGGAAUUCCCGCCUGGGCUUCCUGUAUGACUUGGACAAGCAAGUCAAGUCCAUCGAACGCUUCCUGCGACGGUUGGAGUUCCACGCCAGCAAGAUUGAUGAACUCUAUGAGGCAUACUGUGUCCAGCGGCGUCUCCGGGAUGGUGCCUACAACAUGGUCCGUGCCUACAGCACUGGGUCCCCGGGGAGCCGCGAGGCCCGAGACAGCCUGGCCGAAGCCACUCGAGGGCAUCGCGAGUACACAGAGAGCAUGUGUCUGCUGGAGAGUGAGCUAGAGGCACAGCUGGGCGAGUUCCAUCUCCGGAUGAAAGGGCUGGCGGGCUUCGCCAGGCUGUGUGUAGGCGAUCAGUAUGAGAUCUGCAUGAAAUAUGGACGGCAGCGCUGGAAACUACGGGGCCGAAUUGAGGGUAGUGGAAAACAGGUGUGGGACAGUGAAGAAACCGUCUUUCUUCCUCUUCUUACGGAAUUCCUGUCCAUCAAGGUGACAGAACUGAAGGGUCUGGCCAACCAUGUGGUUGUAGGCAGUGUCUCCUGUGAGACCAAGGACCUGUUCGCUGCCCUGCCCCAAGUGGUGGCUGUGGACAUCAAUGACCUCGGCACCAUCAAGCUCAGCUUGGAAGUCAUAUGGAGCCCCUUUGACAAGGAUGACCAGCCCUCAACCGCUUCCACUGUCAACAAGGCCUCCACAGUCACCAAGCGCUUCUCCACCUAUAGCCAGAGCCCACCAGACACACCCUCACUUCGGGAACAGGCUUUUUAUAAUAUGCUGAGGCGGCAGGAGGAGCUGGAGAAUGGGACAGCAUGGUCCCUGUCAUCUGAAUCUUCAGACGACUCAUCCAGCCCCCAGCUCUCAGGCACUGCCCGCCACUCUUCAGCCCCCAGGCCUCUGUUGCAGCAGCCUGAGCCUCUGCCCAUUCAGGUCACCUUCCGUAGGCCUGAGACCCCCACCUCUAGGCCCGUGGAUGAACAGGGGGCCAUAGCCCCAGCCCUGGCCAAUGGGCAUGCCCCCUACAGCCGGACUCUGAGCCAUAUCAGUGAGGCCAGUGUGGACGCUGCCUUGGCUGAGGCUUCAGUGGAGGCUCUGGGUCUAGAAAAUCUAGCUCAGGGACCUAGCCUGCAUGCACACCCAGAUCCCACCCAUGGGGAGCAACCUGGUCCUGUCCCUUCUGCUGUGGACCCUCUCCAUUCUGCCACAAGCCCUACCCUCAGUACAUCAGGCCCUGCCCACACAUCUACAGACCCAGACCUGUCUGCACAUCUAGACUUGGUUCACAAGGUCACAGAUGCUAGCUCUUCUGAACUGCCAGGCCCCACCCAUACCACUACAAGCUCGACCUCUAAUGCCAUUAGCCCCAGCCACAGUGCCCCAAGCGCCACUCACACUACCACAGGUUCCACCCACAAGCCCAUGGUCUCUACCCCUUCCACUACAGUCUCUACCCCCAGUACCACAACCCCAGCCCAGACCACCACAAGACCCACCAAGGAAGCAAUGCUUUCUGCCCUCGCUACUGUAGCUCCUACCCCCAAUACUAUAGGCCCUGUACAGACAACCACAAGCCCUGUCCACACUACCACAAGCCCGACCCAUACUACUGCAGGCCCCUCCCGUGCCACUACAAGCCCCACCCACACUACUACAAGCCCCACCCACACUACUGCAGGCCCCACCCAUGCCACUACAAGCCCCACCCAUGCUACUGCAAGCCCUACCCAUGCCACUACAAGCCCCACCCACACCACUACAAGUCCCGCCCACACUACUGCAAGUCCCGCCCACACUAACACAAGCCCAUCAAAAACCAUUGCAAGCCCUCCCCAUACUGCUACAUCCCCUACUCACAAAACCAGAAUGUCAAUUCACACCACUGCAAGUCCUGUCCCCAAAGCUAAGGGCCCAGUCCAGACCACCAGGAGCCCCACCCAUCCUAUCACAACCCACAGCUCUUCCAGUUCUCCAGAGGAUACCAUGCUUCCCAGCCCCUCUGCAAACACAGACCCUACCCUCCCAGGCAUCCACACCCUGACCUGCAGCUACCCAGCCUCUGCUCCUUGCACUCAGGCAGACCCCAUAGACCCCACCCUCUCCUACCCAAGUCCUGCCUGUUCCAGUUGGGAACCCCUCACAAGUCACUCCCCAGAUGCCCCAGGGGAGCCCAUUCUUCAGAGCCCAAGCCCACCUCCUUCACCUCUAGCCCCUGUGCCCCAGCAUUUAGACCUUAGCCUAGCCGUGGCCACCCAGGCCCCGGUUCCAGGGGCAGCUGGAGGGGCUGGGGAUAGGAGGCUGGAAGAGGCCCUGGGGGCCCUGAUGGCUGCCCUGGAUGACUACCGUGGCCAGUUCCCUGAGCUGCAGGGCCUGGAGCAGGAGGUGACCCGGCUGGAGAGUCUGCUCAUGCAGAGACAAGGCCUGACUCGCAGCCGGGCCUCCAGCCUGAGUAUCACUGUGGAACAUGCCCUGGAGAGCUUUAGCUUCCUCAAUGAGGAUGAAGAUGAAGACAUGGAUGGUCCUGGAGACAGGCCCCCAAACAGCCUGGAGCCUGGGGCUGAGGACAGCCUCGACUUACCCAGUGCCCGCCCCCUCAGCACGGAGUGUCCAGCUCUGGACGCUGCCUUGGUCCAGCACCUGUACCACUGCAGCCGCCUCCUGCUGAAACUGGGCACCUUUGGGCCCCUGCGCUGCCAGGAGGCAUGGGCCCUGGAGCGGCUGCUGAGGGAGGCCAGAGUGCUGGAGGCUGUGUGCGAGCUUAGCAGGCGAUGGGAAAUCCCUGCCACCUCUGCCCAGGAAGUGGUGCAGUUCUCAGCCUCCCGGCCCGGCUUCCUGGCCUUCUGGGACCGGUGCACAGAGGGACUCAGCCCCUUCAUCUGCCCUGUGGAGCGAGUCCUUCUCACCUUCUGCGAUCAGUACAGUGCCCGUCUCUCCCUGCGCCAGCCGGGCCUAGCUGAGGCUGUGUGUGUCAAGUUCCUGGAGGAUGCCCUAGGGCAGAAGCUGCCCAGGAGGCCCCAGCCAGGCCCUGGAGAGCAGUUCACCGUCUUCCAGUUCUGGAGUUACGUUGAAGCGUUGGAGAGCCCUUCCAUGGAGGCCUAUGUGACUGAAACAGCUGAGGAGGUAUUACUGGUGCAGAAUUUGAACUCGGAUGACCAAGCUGUUGUUUUGAAGGCCCUGAGGCUGGCGCCCGAGGGGCGGCUGCGAAGGGAUGGGCUUCGGGCCCUCAGCUCGCUGCUGGUCCAUGGCAACAACAAGGUCAUGGCUGCUGUCAGCACCCAGCUCCGGAGCCUAUCCCUGGGCCCUGUCUUUCGGGAACGGGCCCUACUGUGCUUCCUGGACCAGCUCGAGGAUGAGGAUGUACAGACGAGGGUGGCUGGCUGCCUGGCCCUGGGCUGCAUCAAGGCUCCUGAGGGCAUUGAGCCCCUCGUGUACCUGUGCCAAACGGACACAGAAGCUGUGAGGGAGGCUGCUCGGCAGAGCCUGCAACAGUGUGGGGAAGAGGGGCAGUCUGCCCAUCGACGGCUGGAGGAGUCCCUGGACGCCCUACCCCGCAUCUUUGGACCUGGCAGCAUGGCCAGCACGGCAUUCUGAAUUCCUUACCCACUGGCUCCCUGUGCCCCUUCCCCUCACUUUCAGGGCUUAGCAGGCACUGGCAGGGAGGGUGAGGGCUGGCUCCAGACACCUCUCCCCCACAGAUUCCCAUCCAUGAAAAUCUAAUAUAUUCUUCCGUCGCUCUUGGGUUGGUAGAGUCAGUGCCUGCAGUCCAGUGCCUCCCAGCCUUGGCUCAGCACACUCGCCACAAAAUCAGUGUCCCACCACACCCCUUGGUUUUAUAUUUUAUUUACAGAGUUUUACAGAAAAUAAAAAAGCAAAAUGCCUUUCCUA